UUUGGAAUUUAUUUUUACACAUGAUAUGUUUGCACAUUAAUUACAUCAGCAAAUUAAUAAAUAUUGUAUUGCAUUUAUAAGAAAGUAAAGUAAAUAUGGUCCUUAUGGAUUAAUACAUUUACAUAUUAAAAUAUAAUUAAAGUUCAAAAUAAAUCAAUAAUGUAAUGGGAAUUAUUAAGUGCAGUCUUAAUAAGCUUCCAAAAUGGCCGCCUGGAAAGAAUUUUUGACAAAUGAAGGUUUCGAAAAACUGAAAGAAGCGAGGCAUUUCGCCGACGAACUCGCUAAAGAUGAUCCUGAUGAAGAACCAUAUCGGUCUUUGUAUAAGGCGAGAGAUCUUUUGAAUAGUGUCAAGAAGGUCUUGAAGAAAACCGCCGACAAACGUCAUUGGGACGCGGAUUUCUAUUUCGUUUGGUGUGCUCUGGAAUUAAAACUAGGUACCAUAUACAUAGCAACAGAAGAAAAAGCAACAGGUGAGGAGCAUUUACUGGGAUGUCUUGAAAAGUUGGAGGAUUUCAAGCUUACAAAGGAAGGAAUGGGCAUAUACCAAGAUACCCUUAAUCAGAUGGGAAUUCUCUGGUCAGGCAGAGGGAAGCCAGAAGAGGCCUUGGACUACUUCAAACAGGCCGAACUAAUUUAUGUUGACUUUAAGUCUAUAGUAGGAGGAGCCCCAUUUAUGAUUGAUGAGUUUCUUACAGCGCCAUCAGAGGAAGAUUCUGAUAAACGUGAGGCCGAGCGAAAGGUCAAAUUUGAGAGUGCCUAUACCCAUACACUGUUCUAUUUUGCACAGGUGUAUCAGCAGCUUGGUGAUGCUGAAAUCUCAGCGCAGUAUUGUAACCUGACCUUGCAGAGGCAGCUGGAUUCCCAGUCUCUGGACCGACUUGAUUGGAGUCUGCACGCUGCUACUUUGUCACAGUAUUACAUGACCCAGAGAGACUUUAACAUGUCUAGGCAUUGCUUGGCUAGUGCUGAGGUGGUAUUUCAGCAGGAGGAGGCCAAUGAUGUGACAAACUGCCCUGAUGAAGUUAAGGAAAAGAUGCAACAGGCAAAAGCAGAUAUCAUCAGGUGUUGGAUAAAGUAUGCUCUUGGACUAAUGGAUUAUUCUAGGGAGCAACUGCUGCAAGAGGCAGCUGGUAAUGGUGAAGAAGAAGCUAAUGAUUAUAAAGCUGAUGGAAGAGAUUCUGAUAAGGAAUCUGAGGCCAUUGGGGUACAACAAGCUUCUGAUGCACACUCUGUUCAUAGUAAUGGUAAGGUAGAUGAAUCUGAGGAUACUAGCAGGGAAGAGAACGAUCCCAUUAUUGCUGAUGAAAGUGUUGAACAAAAUGAAACUGAACAAACAAGUCAAGAAAUUAAGAGCACUGCAAAUGAAAAUGAUCAAACCUCUACUGAAAAUACAGGUGAAGACAAAAAAUAUGUUGUAACAGAUAACACCAGUCAACAUGAGCAAGUGGUGUUAGACAAAGAAAAUGACGAGGAAAAAAAGCAAUUGGAACGAGAAGCUAUUUCUAAAAGAAGUGAAUUGUUGAGGAAAGAAGCUAUGAAAAAGGAUGGUAAAAAAUUCAACUUGGAAGUGACAUCCCACGAAGAAAAAAUCACUGACAAACCUUUGAAAACAUUUGACGAGGCAAGGGAGAUAUUUCUUAUUAUUAAAAAAUGGAUCGAGCAGGCUAAGGAAUUCUACAAACUUGAUCACCACUGUCCUGAUUAUGUUGCCAUUGUUCAAGAUCAUAGUCUUUCCUUUAAAUUUCUGUCAUUCUUUGAACUUGACAUGGAGAGGCAGUGCAAGAUGCAGAAACGAAGGAUUGACAUGCUGUCUGAGAUACUUAAUGAGUUGAAUCCUCAACACUAUUUGCUUGUCUCUAGGCAACUCAUGUUUGAGAUUGCAGAUACCUAUAGUACUUUGAUGGACUUAAAAAUGGCGAUAUUAGAAGCCGCCGGGGAGGGGGUAAGGCCUACGCCUCAUCAUGUCAAGAAGAUCAACUUACUGGUCAAGGAGAGUAUAAAGUAUUACCAAGAGUACCUAAACACUUUGAAGGGAGGAAAACCAGUAUAUCCGGAUGAAUUCCCAAACAAUGAUGUUCGGCCAGGGCUGGUGGCAAUGUUCUGCAUGGGACGGCUUUAUUCCAAGUAUAUUCCCGGCGAUGUUCAAACUAGACUGAUGAACAUUAAGAAGAGCAAAGACUGCUACCAGUUUGUUGUUGAUUAUUGCAAUAGAAACCGGUCUGCAAAGGCUUUGGUGGAAGGCGAGUAUCAAAUAUGUAAGGAAAUGGUGGAUCUACUUCCAGCAAAAAUGGAAAAAAUACGGCUAGAAGCAGAAACAUGAUUGUGAUAAUCAAUGAUCUAUUUAUUUAAGUAAUAGGUUUUUGUUCAAUAUAGUGAUGCAUUUUGACAUUUGGGAACAGUAUUUUUGCUUGAUCCUUGUUGGACAAGAAACUUUAAACUGCAAUAUACAUCAAAAGAUAAAACUUAUAACUGUAAUCAAAUUACAACUUAGUAUGAAUUUAAUAGAACAUUUGCAAGUCACUGCAGGAUAAUAAGGUAUCCAUAGAUUCAGUGUACUUGUUUUUGACGAAUACAAAUUUUAUUCUAUGUCUUUUUUUUAGCUCACCAGAGAACAUUGUGCUCAUGAUAGCUUUUGUGAUCUAAUUUUGUCCAUCAUGCGGAGUCAACAUUUUCCUUGUAAACGCUCUUGGACGAGUUGGAAAAUGGUUUGGGUUGAUUAAAAAACAUGUCCGCCAGAGGGCAGGGCAGGGCAUUUUUCCUUAUAUGGCUAUAGUAAAACCUUGUUAACAUUCUAGAGGCCACAUUUUUUUCUGAUCUUCAUGAAACCUGUUCAAAAGAUUUGUCCCAAUGAUAUCUUGGACGAGUUAGAAAAUGGUUCCGGUUGGUUGGAAAACAUGGCCACUAAGGGGCAGGGCAUUUUUCCUCAUAUGGCUAUAGUUAAACUUUGUUAACACUAGAGGCCACAUUUAGUGUCCGAGCUGCAUGAAACUUGUCCAGAAUAUUUGUCUCGAUCAUAUUUUGGACGAGUUUUUGAAUGGAAAAAUUGCCACCAGGUGGCUGUGCAUUUUCCCUUAUAUGGCUAUUGUUAAACCUUUUUAACACUAUUAGUAAAACCUUGUUUACACUCUAGAGGCCACAUUUAUUGUCUUAUCUUCAUGAAACUUUUUCAGAAGAUUUGUCUCAAUUAUAUCAUUAGCAAGUUCUCAAAUAAUUCUGAUUGGUUGAAAAACAUGGCCACCAGGGGUGUGCAAUAUAUUUCCUGUUACGGCUUUAGUAAAACCUUGUUAACCCUGAACACUCUAGAGGCCACAUUUAUUGUCUGAUCUUCAUGAAACUUGGUAAGAAGAUUUGUCCCAAUGAUGUCAAGUUCUAAAAUGGUUCUGAUUGGUUGAAAAACAUGGAUGCCAGGGGGUUAAGGCAUUUUUCCUUAUAUGGCUAUAGUAAAACCUUGUUAACACUAUUACAUUUGUUCACAAUUAUUGGACGGUGUGUCAAGCGAAAGAAUUACGUCGAUAUCUCCAAGGUCAAGGUCACACUUGGAGUUUAAAAGUCAAAAAUGGCCAUAAAUGAGCUUGUCCGGGUCAUUACUAUGUCAUUCUUUGUGAGAUUUUAAAAUGACUCUGUACAUUAAUUUUGUUCACAGUGAUUGGAUGGCGUGUCUGAUGCAAAGAAUAACAGUUCAAAGGUCAAAAUGGCCAUAAAUGAUAAUGGCAUAAUAAUUCUUUAAAAUCGCCAUAAAUAAGCUUCUCUUGUUUUGUGAAGACAGCAUGCAAAAUAUUCUGUGUCAA